UGCAUAUUUUGGUAUGCCCGGCACCAAUAAUGACAUUAAUGUUUUAGAAUCGUCACAUCUGUUUUCCAAUCUUGCUAAAGGUAUUGCUCCUCCCGCCCUUUAUGUUAUUCAAGGAAACGAAUAUGAUGUGGGUUAUUAUUUAGCUGACAGUAUAUAUCCAAAAUGGUCUACAAUUGAGCAAACCAUGCAUGAGCCACAAUCUCAAAAGAAGAAAUAUUUCGCGAUGAAACAAGAAUCAUGUCCAAAAGAUGUUGAACGUGCAUUCGGAGUUUUGCAAUCUCGUUUUACAAUUAUUGCAAGGCCGUCGCGUUUUUGGAGAAAAGAAGUGCUACAUGAUAUAUUAACAUCAUGUAUUAUACUGCACAACAUGAUAAUUGAGGAUGAGCGUGAUCUUAAUGCACCAAUUCAAGAUGCUUGGGAAGGUCCAACUCCAACAGUAGAAAUGGUAGUAGAUGAAAAUUAUCGAUUUGAACAAUUUUUAGCUCGACACAAAAAAAUUAAGAACAAAGAUGCUCAUUUUGCACUUCGUAAUGCAUUAGUAGAGCAUUUAUGGGAGCAACGUACUAAUCAUGGAAGUUGAAUAUUUAUGUAGAAAUUAAAAUAAAUUCUACCUUAAUGUAAUAGUAUUUAUUUAAUUAUAUUUUAUCUAUGAUUUCA